UUCACCACUUUAUUAUUUGUUAGUUGGAUUGUGGUUGCUUCACUUUUAACCUUUUUAUUACGUAUUUUGACCCUUAUUUUCAUUUAAGAGUUUAACUGAGGUUAUCUCUGUAAAUAUAUAAAACAGGCCAAUAAAUAUUUCCACUUGCAGUACAAAAACCUUUUCUGUGAUAUAAACUUGUGCAUUUUAUCAUUCACGUGAGGUGAAAAACAACAAUAGUCGCCUAAAAAACAUAACAUUGAUCGUUUCCAACUACAGAACUUGGGCACUAUUGUAAGACACACAUCAGUGAUGGCAAAAGUGGACAUCUCGAAGACCCUCAAUCAAAAUGUGUGGGACUCGGAUCCGGAAUUGUUUGACUUGAUGCAAAAGGAGAAGAAAAGACAACAGUCUGGUUUGGAAAUGAUCGCCAGCGAAAAUUUCACCACACUUCCAGUUCUGCAAUGUCUCAGCUCUUGCCUCCAUAACAAGUAUUCUGAAGGUCUGCCUGGACAAAGGUAUUAUGGAGGUAAUGAAUUUAUUGAUGAAGUUGAACUGUUGGCACAGAAAAGAGCUUUGGAGACUUACAGGCUCAAUCCUGAGGAGUGGGGGGUGAAUGUGCAACCUUAUUCUGGAUCUCCUGCCAAUUUUGCAGUUUACACAGGUAUUGUGGAACCCCAUGGUAGAAUAAUGGGUCUGGAUUUACCUGAUGGUGGUCACUUGACGCACGGUUUCUUCACCCCCACCAAGAAAAUAUCUGCCACUUCCAUAUUCUUUGAAUCUAUGCCGUACAAAGUAAAUCCUGAAACGGGUCUAUUGGAUUAUGACGAACUGGAAAGAACCGCAAAACUGUUCAGGCCAAAAGUAAUUGUAGCAGGUGUGAGCUGUUAUUCCAGACCGUUGGACUAUAAAAGAUUUAGACAGAUUUGCGACCAAGUCGGCGCAUAUUUGUUCGCUGACAUGGCACACAUAUCUGGCUUAGUGGCGGCCGGCGUAACGCCCAGCCCGUUCGAAUACAGCGACGUCGUGUCCACCACAACACAUAAAAGUUUGAGGGGCCCGAGGGCGGGUGUGAUAUUCUUCAGGAAGGGUGUCAGAUCUGUGAACGCGAAAGGAGAGAAAAUCAUGUACGACUUAGAGUCGAGAAUCAACCAAGCAGUAUUCCCGGGACUGCAGGGCGGUCCCCACAACAACACGAUCGCAGCCAUCGCGACCGCCAUGAAACAGGCCAGCACACCCGAAUUCAAGGAGUACGCAAAACAAAUCGUUGCCAAUGCGAAAAGACUGAGCGACGGACUCCAAUCCAAGGGUUAUAAGGUCGUGACUGGGGGAACAGAAGUGCACAUGCUGCUGGUGGACCUGAGAAGCGCCGGCUUGACCGGAGCGAAAGGAGAGUACAUUUUGGAAGAGAUCUCAAUUGCGUGCAACAAAAACACAGUACCGGGAGACAAAAGCGCGUUGAAUCCGUCCGGAAUUCGAUUGGGAACGCCAGCCUUGACCACCAGGGGGUUAAAGGAAGCCGAUAUUGAUAUGGUAGUUGAUUUCAUCGAUAAAGGGUUGAAAUUGGCGAAGAAAAUCAGUGACAAGUCCGGUCCUAAACUGGUGGACUUCAAGAGCUUCGUUCACGGCGAAUUUAAGGGUGAAGUUUCGGCUUUGAGGGCGCAAGUCGAGGCGUUCAGUCACGAUUUUCCACUGCCUGGUAUUGAAGGGUAUUAAAUAAUCAACGCUUUUCGUAUGUAUGUAUGAAAGGUUCAAAUCUCAUUAUUUUCUCAUUAUAUGUUAUGUUACAUAAACACUUUUACAAAAUUACUUCGAGUAUACUGUUUUUUUAUGUAAUAUGUUAUAAAAAAUAAAUUAUAAGUUUUCAUACGCA